CGUUGUAUGCACACCGAACUCCAGGCGCUCAGUCCGCUUCAGAGCGACGGGGAGAAAAGAGAGCACAAUAGAAUAGUUUGCCAUAACAUGAAGCUAUUUUGCUGCCAUUCGCUGUCGGGAGUUUGAAAUAGGACUAUACGACGCGUGCACAUCCACGGACCGACUAGUCUUAUGUUAUUUUAAUGCUACCGAUAGAGGUUUCGGAAGGAGUGUGUUUCACCUCAAGCGAACACGACGAAGGAAGGAGGGCCGGGAUGAAAACAGAGGAGACCCAAUCAUGUCUUCAGCAGCCUCCAGCCUCCACGCCAUUCGGUUCAGAACACAGGGGCGGAGGGGGCGAGGUGUGUGCGGGGUGUGAGUCGCCCAUUGCCGACCGCUUCCUGCUGCGUGUCAACGAGCGCUCGUGGCACGAGACCUGCGUCAAGUGUGCGGUGUGUCUGAGCGCACUCAGUGGGACAUGCUACUGCAGAGACCGUCUGCUCUAUUGCAAGCAUGACUACGAAAAGCUGUUUGUCAGGAAGUGCAGUGCGUGCCUGCAGGUGAUUGGCCGCUCAGAGCUGAUCAUGCGUGUGCUGGGGCAGGUGUACCACCUGGGCUGUUUCAGCUGCUGUGAGUGUGAGCGCCGGCUGCAGCGCGGAGACGAGUUUGUCCUGAAGGAGGGCCAGUUGCUCUGCAGAGGAGACUACGAGAAGGAGAGAGAGAUGCUGGCUGCCAUCAGCCCCACACCCACUGAGUCAGUGAAGAGUGAGGAUGAGGAUGGUGGGGGCGGUUCUGUAGGGGGGAAGGGCGGCGAAGGGAAGGACCACAAACGGUCAAAGCGACCACGCACCAUCUUGACCACACAGCAGCGCAGAGCUUUCAAGGCCUCCUUCGAGGUGUCCUCCAAACCUUGCAGAAAGGUGAGAGAGACACUGGCAGCUGAGACCGGGUUGACGGUUCGAGUCGUGCAGGUCUGGUUCCAAAACCAGAGAGCAAAGAUGAAGAAGAUAGCUCGCAGGCAGCAGCAACAGCAGCAGCAGCAGGAGCAGGAGCAGCUGGGAGGGUCCAGGAGAGGGCCGAGCAGGGGGGGCCGACAGAGCAACGAUGACAGUGAGGACGGUUCUAGUGGUCAUGGAUUGGACGGUCUGUUGGCGUACCCUUCGUUGCCACGACAGCAGCUACUGGCUCUGGACCCCAACAUCUACGGAGGAGAGCCGUUCCGCCAUGGCCUCACACCUCCUCAGCUGAGCUCUGAACAUCUUCACUCCUACGAUUCAGAGACUGUGUUCCACGAUCUGGACAGCGACGGGAGCCUCAGUCACCUCGGCGACUGUCUUCUGGCAGCGGCGGACGGUGGGCUCCUGGCGGGGCGGGUGGGAAACCCCAUCGACCGCCUCUACUCCAUGCAGAACUCCUAUUUCACAUCCUGACCCCUCACCCUUGACCCCUGACUCACUCCACCAAUUACCACUCAGAGAAGCAGCUAAUGACCGGUUAUCCUACCAGGCCCACAAGGUCAUCACACCAACCAUGCUUGAGCUGGGUCCAUAUCCAUAUCUGACCGGGCUUAUUGUACAUUACCAAGUAAAAGCAUAAUAGGAAACAGCUGGGUCACGUUCAGUAGGGUGGAAAUGUUAGGAGUGAAACGGGGAGGUGCUACCUUAACUUGUCCACUAAGAACACGUUUUUCCAUACCAAACACGACCCAGGUAGCCAUUUAAGAUCUCAACUAUGACUUAGGCCGUGUCCGAAAUCUGGCUUGCCCAGUACUUACUUAAACUGCAUACUGUGUACUAAUCGUAUUACAUACUAUUUAGAAUGUUCGGUUUAGUACAAACAUAUGCAGUAAGCAACAAACAUCAAAAUACUACUCAUCCAUACUGAGAAGGCAUCAUCGAAUGCGCCGUUCGCUCUUGUUCCCCGCCAUUCUUACAUUUUAUUUUUUUUAAUUUUUUAAUACAUUUUAUCCCCUUUCCUCCCCAAUUUUCGUGAUAUCCAAUCGCUAGUAAUUACUAUCUUGUCUCAUCGCUACAACUCCCGUACGGGCUCGGGAGAGACGAAGGUCGAAAGCCAUGCGUCCUCCGAAGCACAACCCAACCAAGCCGCACUGCUUCUUAACACAGCGCGCCUCCAACCCGGAAGCCAGCCGCACCAAUGUGUAGGAGGAAACACCGUGCACCUGGCCCCCUCGGUUAGCACGCACUGCACCCGGCCCGCCACAGUCGCUGGAGCGCGAUGAGACAAGGAUAUCCCUACCGGCCAAACCCUCCCAAACCCGGACGACGCUAGGCCAAUUGUGCGUCGCCCCACGGACCUCCCGGUCGCGGCCGGCUGCGACAGAGCCUGGGCGCGAACCCAGAGACUGGUGGCGGAGCUAGCACUGCGAUGCAGUGCCCUAGACCACUGCGCCACCCGGGAGGCCCCAUUCUUACAUUUUUGCAGAGAGCAUCCCCUAUUCUUAUUAUCAGGUGUUGUUGAACACGUGGGUGUGAAAAGACGAUGAUCUUCCUCAAUAGUGCCCAGCGAAUUCUACUAGAUGAAAAGCCAAAAUGAGUAUGACAUCCGGGCAUUUAAAGUGUACUAGAUCUUCAAGAUUUCACAUACUAUAAAACUUUUUUUUCACAUACUCAAACGGCCUACUAUUUAGGACGCAAAUAUGGGUAUUCGGACACGGCCACACUCUUUUGCUUGAUCCCAACAUCCUACCUGUAGCAGACAGAUGUGAAAUCCUAUGACAACGUACUUGAUCAAAUACUCUCAUUUGUUUCAUAUAAGAGGGACUAUUCCAUUGGUCCGUUGCUCCAGGCAAGCUUAAAUCAAGGGCAGCUAAAGUAUUUCAAAGAAAACAAAUACUAUUUGAACCCAGGUCUGUCAGGUCUGUGUGUUUGUGAGUCAGAAACCUAUGUUACUUAUUAGGUUGCUAAUGAAUGGGGAGUGUUUCAUUCAUUAGCUCAGGAUCUGACCUGCUUGUUGUGCCCACACGGUUAGGGAGUUUUCUUGGCAGCAGGGUUAAGGAGCAGAGUGAAGACACAUACCAGAGAGGUUACAGCAGGCUAGGGGCAAAAGUGUUGUAUUGGAGAUGGGCACUGGUUCAUAGCGUGGAUGGGGUCAAUUCAGACAAAUCAAAAAGUGAAUGGGAGUUCAGCCUAAAUGAAUGACUGGAAUAAAGGUACUGGGUGGAUUUGGAGGAACAUUGGAGAGAGAUUUCAUAAGAGGUUGAGAUGAGUUGAAGGGUUCAGGGUGGCACGCUCGAUUUGUACGAGAAUGAGUGUGGGUUAGGUAACUUAGGUCUAGAAUUUGCUCUCAGGUUAGUUUGUCAGGUAGGAUUUUUAGCAAUGUUAUACGGGAAAUGAUUUACGAAUCACUGUAACCCGAUUAGUUCACAUUAGUCAACAUAGUGAAAGGAGAUGUGUAGACCGUAGAUAACAUCAGGGUCCUAUAGAGUAGUGUUUCUCAAUCUUGGUCCUGGGGACCCAAAGGGGUGCACAUUGAAAAGAGAGUGAAAGAAGAAAGAAACAAUGUUACGCCUGGUCUGCUUACCUUUCUGCAUGGUUUGGAGGACACCUCGAAGGAGGCCUUGAAAGCUCUGCGCUGCUGUGUGGUCAAGAUGGUGCGUUGUCAGGUGCGAAAGGCAAAAACAAAAGUGUACCCCCCUUAGGGUCCCCAGGACCAGGAUUGAGAAACACCACUAUAAAGUAGACUAAAAGGGUCAUUCAGAUAAUCUUAUAAAGGAAACAGGGUUGUGUAAAGUGUAACGCUUUCAUGUAGCUCUGGUUCAGGGUUUUAUGUGGGGUUUGCUUGGGAAUGCUCAGCAUCAGCAAGCCAUUCGUAACACCCUGGACCAGAGCUAGCGUUCGUGUAACUAUUUCUUUGAUACUGUGAAGUAUUCACUAAAAGGUGCAGGAGUUUGUCCUGGGCUGGAAAAACGCUAAGCUUAACAAAUGUAGAAGUUGAAUAUUAAUUGGUGUGUAAAACAUAAGUAAAAAGUAUGUUUAGGCCCAUGAGUUUUUCCUGUUCAGGUCACGUGGUCACAAACUACUGGCCCUAGCGACGAUAAACAAGUAUGUGUUCCGAUGUAAAAUUAUUGUGUUAAUAUUAUUGUUGUUACAAUGAAUACUGCAGUACUACUAUAGGUAUAAUCACUGUAAUUUAUCUUUGAUUGAAAACACCUUACAAUAGACGUUGUUCAAUAUUUUGUACUCUUAUGGUUAAGUAUUUAUGUUGUAGCAUGAGCUGUGUGUGCCACACUUUCAAAAUGUAAAUAAUUAUUACUAUGAACAUAGCACUGAUGACAGUAUUUUCCUAUAGCUUAUACCCACACUUGGAACAUCUUGUGGAGUCCACUUCCUAUAUAUGAUUUCUCAUAAUUGACUGAUGAUAUAUAUUUUUUACAGUAUAGUGUUUACGUGGAUAUAAUUUAUUGUGUGAUACAUUUCUCUGGAAGGUAUGAGAAAUUCUUAAUCUUAGAUUUUGUCUGAAAGACAAAAUCGAGUUUUUGUUCUGUGACCUCUUCCAGUGUGUGCUUUUUGAGUGUAAUGUCGCAUUUCGUCAAUAUAACCUGUCAAUUC